AUGGCGGCGCCCGUCCUGAGGCGCUGUUCGCGGGGCCCGUGGUUCCGGACGCCAGGCUGGCUAGCAGCUUGGCCCUUCGGGCUGCGUAAGACGCACUCGGGAGCUCAGGGCUUGUUGGCGGCGCUGCAGGAACGGGGCCUGUUCAAGGAGUUCUUUCCGGAGAAGAGUACGGACGUGGAACUCCCAGAGCUUUUCGACCGCGGCACGGCGGGCCCCCAGACUGUCUACUGCGGCUUCGACCCCACGGCCGACUCGCUUCACGUGGGGCACCUGCUAGCGCUGCUGGGCCUCUUUCACUUCCAGCGAGCGGGGCACAAUGUCAUUGCCGUGGUCGGAGGUGCAACCGCGCGCCUGGGGGACCCGAGCGGCCGCACGAAGGAACGCGAGGCCCUGGCCGCCGAGCACGUGCGGGCCAACGCGCGCGCCCUCGGCCGGGGGCUGGAAGCGAUGGCCGCGAAUCACCAGCAGUUCUUCUCGGACAGGCGCCCUUGGGGCAGCUUCUCCGUCCUCGACAACUCGGCUUGGUACCACAAGCAGCCGCUGGUGGACUUCCUGGCGGCCCUGGGCGGCCACUUCCGUAUGGGCACGCUGCUGAACCGCCUGAGCGUCCAGGCAAGGCUCAAGAGCCCCGAGGGCAUGAGCUUGGCCGAAUUCUUAUACCAGGUGCUCCAGGCCUAUGACUUUUACUAUCUGUUUCAGCGUUAUGGAUGCAGGGUCCAGCUGGGAGGGUCUGAUCAGCUGGGCAACAUCGUGUCUGGAUACGAGCUCAUCCACAAGUUGACUGGAGAAGAUGUAUUUGGAAUCACUGUCCCUCUCAUUAUAAGUACAACUGGAGCAAAGUUGGGAAAGUCAGCUGGCAAUGCUGUUUGGCUCAACAGAGAGAAGACAUCAUCAUUUGAAUUGUAUCAGUUCUUCGUUAGGCAGCAAGAUGAUUCUGUAGAAAGGUACCUGAAGCUCUUCACUUUUCUGCCCCUUGCAGAGAUUAACCACAUCAUGCAGCAGCAUGUUAAAGAGCCAGAGAAACGAGGUCCUCAGAAGCGCCUUGCUGCAGAAGUAAUAAAGCUUGUUCAUGGGAAAGAUGGGCUAGAAUCUGCUAAAAGGUGCACACAAGCCCUUUAUCACAACAGCAUCGAUGCUCUUGAGGCCAUGUCUGAUGAAGAGUUACGAGAGUUGUUUAAAGAAGCUCCGUUUUCUGAAUUGGUUCUUGACCCUGGAACAAGCGUCCUAGAUACUUGCCGCAAAGCAAAUGCCAUUCCGGAUGGUCCUCGAGGGUAUCGGAUGAUAACAGAAGGUGGAGUCAGUAUAAAUCACAAACAAGUCACAAAUCCUGAGAGUGUUUUAGUUGUUGGACAGCAUGUUCUCAAGAAUGGACUUUCACUACUUAAAAUAGGAAAAAGGAAUUUCUACAUAAUAAAAUGGCUUCAGCUAUGAUUUUAAAAAGUCGUGAUUGUUCAAACAAAUUUCACUCAUCAUUUAUUCUCAAGAUACAAGGGAUUGGCUCCAGGACCUAGAUCUUCGCUUACACAAAUCAGACUGGAUUAGGCCUCCUCACAUUGUGAGUAAUUUCAUUAUUUAUAGAGGUUGGCUUAUAAUAAGGUGGUUGUCUGAUAAUGGAAUAUUUUACGUCCUAAUCCACAAACAUUGAUUAAUAUGGCAAACCAUAGUUUCAGAGAUUGUUUUUUAAACUGUACCUUAUGAAAGACCUAAUGCUCUCCUAAGACCCUGCCCUGUUCUCCGUUCUCCAUUUUGGACUGAGGAGGGGGGGCAUGUACCCCUCCUGUCUUGGUAUCAAGGAAAGACUCCAUGGCAGCUGUCUUGGUUUGGGUGUCAUAGAAAGCACGGGUCUCACUCCUUUAAUUCUAAAGCCAGCAGCACCUCGUGUCCACAUUAAAAACAUAUCUUGAAAACUUA